AUGUCAGAAGAUUGAACAGAUGUCUACCAAGAAUCCUUAAGCAGUGAGAGCCAUAACGAAAACGACUGGGACAAUAUUGAAGAAAUUUCUUGUAUCUACUGCAAAAAUAGUGACCCAAGUUCCUUAGUAAGAUGCACUUUUGAGAAAUGUGCUUGGUAUUGCAACUCGUCAGUGAAAGGGGUGUCGGAUUCCCACAUUGUGGCGCACUUAACCAAAGCUGGGCAUAAAAAAAUCGCUUUACAUCCUAGUAAUAGCUUCAGUGGUUUUCCUAUUGAAUGUGCAGAAUGCUCCCAACAAAACAUUUUCUUGCUAGGGAUUGUACUUUCACGCUCCAGCAACGAAAUUAAGUAUUUGUGCAGAAAUCCGUGUGGACUGAACUCUAAGCUACAAGAAGAUCAGUGGGAUUUAGCAGGAUGACAACCUUGCAUAUCAGAGAGAUCCAUUACUUCUUUGUUAGUAUAUUUAGUUAUAUUGAAUUACUAUUACCUUCAGAAGACUUUUAUAUUAAAAUAUCUCAGCUAAUUUUGCAUAAAAUCUAACCAAACAGAACUUUCUCAAGCUCUCAAUAUUUCAAUGAAAAAAAUCGCCGUCAUUGAAAAAAACGUCAAAAAAGGCUUAGAUCCAGAAGAUCCAGAACCAGAGUUGCCCCCAGUAAACAAAGUUCAAUUAAGAUACAAAAGUGCUAGAGAGUAUGUGGAUAUUUUUGAAAGACUAGUUAGGAUAGAAGAAAACUUAGAAAAAAUGAGAAAAUCCCAACAAGUGAUCAGUGGGUUUGUUAUCACUUGGGAUCUCAGAGACAAAAAGAAUAUUUUAGCCCGUUUUGUGGUUUCUAGAGAAAACACAGAUGUAAGACUCGUAAUAGGAGAUGAAGUGAAACUAUUUUACAAGAAACAAAAGGAGUUUUGGAUUGGGAUAAUUUUCGCUUAUAAUGCAGAAGAUGAAGUUACUCUGAAAAUCAUAGGAAAUCAUGAAGGGCUACCCAAAAAAACAAAAGGGUUUACACUGAAAUUUGUUGAAGGAAAUGAUACUUAUAUAAGAAUGAUAAAUGGUCUAAGAAUGUUUGAGCAUGGAUACAUGGACACUUAUAUAGGAAGAACUAUAUUAGGACAAGACAGAGAAAAAAUCAAAAGGAAGGUAAAAUUGCCUAACAAUUUGACGCCUCCAAAUCAAAAGGCACUUAACCAUCAUCAAACAGAAGCGGUGAGGGCUGCUUUAAAGUCUAAAUUUAUGAUGAUACAAGGACCUCCAGGGACAGGCAAAACUUCAACCUCUGUAGCCAUCAUUUACCACAUGUUAAAAAAAUUUAAUGAACAAAUUCUUGCAUGCGCUCCUUCUAAUAAUGCAGCAGACCAGCUUGCCUUACGUCUAGAAUCGUGUGGUGUUAAGGUGUUAAGAGUUGUAGCAAGAAGCCGAGAAGCGCUCAAAUCUGAAACUGACCAUCUUGCACUACACAAUUUAAUCUAUAAAAAUAGCGACCGUGACUACAAAAAGCUUCAAGACAAAAUUGAUGAAGGAUCAAAACUCACUGUUGCAGAAAGAAAAAAGCAUACAAAGCUAUACUACAAUACUUCUGAUAGAUUAUUAAGUGAGGCUGAAGUCAUUGUUACAACCUGUAUAGGAGCUUUUGACAAAAGACUUGAAGACUUCGAGUUCAAAAGAGUUUUAAUUGAUGACGCUACCUUAGCAACUGAGCCUGAAUCGUUGCUUCCUAUGCUUGCAUGUGCUGAACAAGUCAUAAUGGUCGGCGACCACUGCCAAUUAGGCCCUAUAUCUUUUGCAGGACUAUCCACAAAAGCAGGCUAUAACCAUUCUUUAUUUGAAAGGCUUAUACGUUUGGGCGUAGAGUCCUGCUUUUUGAACACUCAGUACAGAAUGCAUCCAUCAAUUUCAGAGUUUUCCAAUAUUCAUUUUUAUAAUAACUCGCUAAUAAACGGAGUUACAAGCCAGUUGAGGCAAUAUUAUGGGACUGCUUCUUUUUGGACCAAUAUAAAAACACCGAUUUUCUUCUAUAAUAUCAUAGGUAGUGAAGAGCAAUCAGCGACUGGGAAAUCGUUUAUAAAUAGAGAAGAAGCAAAAACUAUUGAAAUUAUUGUAACUCAGCUGCUGAAGGCGAAAAUCAAAGCUAAUAAUAUCGGAGUUGUUACGCCUUAUCAAGGCCAAAAGUCUUUUAUUUCUUCAUAUUUGUACCAUAAAGGCACUUUAGGGAAAAAGAAGUAUGAAGAUUUAUCAGUUUCCACCAUUGAUGAAUUCCAAGGGAAAGAAAAAGAUUUUAUAGUCAUUUCACUUGUUAUGAUAAAAGCAUUCGGUUCGCUAAUUUUCUCUCCCUCAUGGAAUUGUUUUAUGGUGUCGGGUUUUCUCUCGAAACUUCUGCACAGCUGGUCAAGCAUAGAUCGCAACCCUACACCCCCACCCCCCUCCAAUAAGGGAACCCCCACCCCCCCUAAAAAUGGUACCCCCACCCCCCCUUUCACAGAUGGCACCCCCACCCCCUCCUCUCGGGUUUAUCCUAUAGAAGUAUUUGAUAGGAAAUAAGCAGAAUAAAUUAAAUAUAACCCAAUUAAAACACUAUAUUUUUAAAUUAAGUCCACAAAUUACUUUAUAUUUAUGAUUAAUUAAUAAAUUUUAAAUUAAUUAGCAAUUAAUUAGAGAAUAUAUUAAAUUUGCUUUUUAUGUUUAUAAAUAUAAUGCCAAAGAUAUAGAUAAUUGCAUCAAUUAUUAAAUUAGCCAAGCACAAUAGAAUAACUUGCAUUAAAUUUAUGGAUUCAUAAAUUAAAGUUAAUCUGAUUACCAUUGUACAAAGAUUGCAGGACUGAAUUGGUAACAGGAUUCAUAGUGGUAAUAAAAAUAGCAUUUGCUAUUGUCAGUUUUACUUUUGGAUCUCUAAUUCGACUUUUAGCCAUUGUUCCACAAAGUUCAUAAACAUAUGCAGGAUAUAUUGCUAAUUAAUACCAAAGAUCAUUAUUAACUUGCUAACAAAAUUUUUUCAGAUUUGGUGAGCUUACUAGUUAUAGGAAAUUCUCACCCCAUUCCAUCUACUCCUUAAUCGAUUGUGCUACGCUAUGUGGAUAUUGUAUAAAUCAGUAAUUUUGAAUAUUUAAAAUAAUCAUUUAUUUAUUACGUCUGCUCUAAAUUGGCAUUUUUCAUAUAUUUUAUGCUAUAUUAAGGGGGAUGGGGGUGGGGGUGCCAUUUUUUAGGGGUUGGGGGGGGUGGGGGUGAGGGUUGCUAUCUGUGCUUGACCACACAAAAAACAGCGGUUUAACUUUGGGAAUAGGAGGAACUGCUCCAAGGUGCAACCGAGAGGCUCAGGGUUUUAUCUCUCAGCACAUUCGAGGAGGGUACCCGGCACGAUGCCAGGUGAGAAGCGCUGGCUAGGGUGGCAGAUGGUUGACUUAGGAUGUUCCGACCUUUUGGCUCGGAAUGCAAGCGAUGUCACCAUUUGGUUCUGUCCCUUUAGCGGGAGCGGCGUUAGACACACCUUAAAAUCUUUAAUUAAUCUAUGCUAUUUCACUUGUUAGGUCUAAUGGAAGUUCAAAGCUUGGGUUUUUAGCUGAUUUCAGAAGAAUAAACGUCGCGUUGACGAGGGCUAAAUAUGGUCUUAUUAUUUGUGGAAAUGCAGGGCUGUUUUCUGGUGACCAGCUAUGGAAUAUUUUAUUGAACUUUUUGAGCGAAAAAGAAGCGAUUUUUGAAGGGCCACUAAAUCAGCUAACUCUAACUCCCCCCCCUCCGUGAGUGAACAAAACCAUUAGAAAAAUCGGCAUUUUUUGCCCAAAAACCCACCCUCCGUGAGUGAACAAAAAAUGUUUUUAAUAGAAAAAUUUUUUAUGGGAAAAAAUUUUGAUAUAUAAGUGAUAAUUAGCAUAAUGAAAUCUAGAGCUAAUUCUGUUUAAUUUUAAAACAAAUUGCGUUUUAAAACAUAAAUUUUAUAAUUAAAUUAAUAUUUGCUUUCCAAUUUUUACGAAUUAGGAUUUUUUUAAAAUUGAAAUAUAAAUUGUUUUAAAAAAAAAAAUUAACCCCCCUCUGUGAGUGAACAAAAUUUUUUUGUUCACUCACGGAGGGGGGGGAGUAAGCUCAAUUCAGUUACCAAAGCCUGUUUUACCGUAUGAUACUACAAGCUACUUUAAGUAUGCAGAGAUUGAGGGAGAAAUUAUCAAUGCAGAACCAUUAGCGAACACUGAGAUGGUGAAUGAGCUGGAUGGACAAAAAGACUUUUUUUAG